GUCAACCAAAUCGCAGUUAUGUUUGGAAGAAUUUUAUGAUCCAAACUAAAAUCAUGAAUAUUUUUCUGAAAACAUCCAACAUAUUAUGUAAAAAUCAACCGCAUUACGUGACGCGGUUUCUUCUGCCCAGUCUGGCCCGCCCAGUAUGUACCAGUGCUCCAGAUCCUAGCGAUAAAGUGCGAGUUCGUUUCGCUCCCAGUCCAACCGGUUUCAUGCAUUUGGGAGGAUUGAGAACCGCUCUAUUCAAUUAUUUGUUUGCUAAAUCCCAUGGAGGAAAGUUUAUUCUACGAAUAGAGGAUACGGAUCAGGAGAGGUUGGUCGAAGGGGCUAUGGAACGUAUCUAUCAGGAUUUAAAAUGGGCUGGCAUUGUGCCAGACGAGAGUCCUUGGAAUGAAGGUCCUUACGGACCAUAUGUCCAGAGUUUGCGAUAUGAUAUCUACAAGCAGGAAGUAAAGAAGCUGAUGGAGGAUGGACGAGCGUAUUACUGUUUCUGUUCCGAAAGGCGGUUAGAUCUGCUGAGAAAGGAAGCCGUACGGCUUCGGCAGGUUCCAAAAUAUGACAAUAAAUGCAGACAUUUGACACCGGGUCAAAUUGCCGAACGAUUAGCUAAGAAUGAUAAAUUCUGUAUUCGCUUUAAGCUGGAUUCGAAGGCAGACGAGUUUCAGGAUAUGAUCUAUGGAAAGAUUGUAUACUUUCUGGCACAGAACGAAGGUGAUCCGGUGAUAAUUAAAUCGGACGGAUUUCCCACGUAUCACUUCGCAAAUGUAGUUGAUGAUCACUACAUGAAAAUCACACACGUAUUACGCGGCGUAGAAUGGCAAAUAUCGACACCAAAGCACAUACAGAUGUUUCAUGCAUUCGGCUGGAGACCGCCAAACUAUGCUCAUCUGCCCCUGGUGAUGAAUCCUAACGGUUCCAAACUGAGUAAACGGCAGGGUGAUGUUCAGUUGGAUCAUUAUCGUAAGAUGGGAAUUUUUCCGCAGGCUCUGUUGAACUUUAUCACUCAAAGUGGUGGUGGUUUUGAUCGCGAUAUGAUCGACAUCGUCGGACCGCAGAUGACCGAUCUAGUCCAGCAUUUUGACAUCAAGAAGAUAAACGCACACUCUAGUCGACUAAACACGGAUUUACUGAAACAAUGCAAUCGUGAAGAGAUAGCUUAUCAGCUGAAACAUACCCCGGAGAAGGCCGAAGCUUUGGUAAAAGAAGUGAUUCGAUUAGUGCAAACGGAAUUUAGCGAUCACAUCAAAAGUUUGGAUUUGGACGAAAAGCAUGUUCGAGAUGUACUGGAAUGGUCCAUCACUAGGAUUGACAGCCUGCAGGAUCUUGUGAAAGGAAAACUGUCCUUUCUUUGGGUACUACCGCGACGAUCAAAAGAUACUUCCGUUGAUAGUGGGACCCUUGAAGUAUUAGCAAAAAAUCUUGCCUCUGAAGACGAUAUUGAAUUCACCAAAGCCGAGAUCAGCGGAUUCCUCAAAGCAUUUGCCGAGCGCAACCGAAUUGCGUUUGAUCUGCUGAUGAAGUCACUGCGUAACUGUUUGAGUGGGCUCAAAGAGGGCCCGGGCGUAGCGGAAAUGAUGGAGAUUUUGGGUCGUGACAAGACAAUAGAACGCAUUCUUUUGGCCGCCAAAAGGAAAUAG